AUGGCCCUGUCCAGCUCCCUCACCACCAAAGCUGCAUCAACCGACACGAAUUCAAUCGGCCAUCAUUUGCGAGCCGCGGGCGCUACAGCGAGCCAUGGCGUGGCACGAAGCUUGGAGACGCUGCGCCGCAUGGCGAUUGCGAUGAGCGUGGAUGCGACUGGGCAUGCGGCAAUUGGAAAUGGAAAUUGGAAUGGAAAUGGGAAUGGGAAUAGCAUCGCGAAUGACAACGACAACAGCAGUGGACGCGGACAUGGGCAUGGGCCUCUUCAUCACCAGCAGUCUGGCAGCAUCCACGCCAGGCUAAACAUCCACAAGCGACACCUGAGCGGCGGCGCAAUUGCUGGCAUCACCGUCGGCAUCGUCGUGGCCGUUGCACUGCUGGCCAUCUGCCUGUACCCGUGUCUCCUCUACCUCAAGCGCCGCCACAUAGGCAGAGGCACGUCGCACGCCGCCUCUGAUGCCGAGGCGGCCGUUGCUGGCACUGCUGCUGGCCACGGCAGCAACGCUUCCAAUGGCGCGAGCAGCCCCCCCAAGCGCCUCUCGUCUAGCGAUUCGUACAAGCACAAGGGGGAAUUGACGCGCGGAGGAAGCACCGAUCACGACUGGCGAGCAGCCACUGCUGACCACAAUGGAUAUCCUCUCCCUCUGAAUGCGGCAUACUUGCAGCCCGGCGAUCCUGGCUUCGACGGCAAUGGCCUCGGUGCAGAGCACAGAGUCAAGGCCGAGCCCUUCCUGCCGCUGGGCCUGGACGAUGGCGAGUUUGCACCGCGGGUAUCAGCAGAUCACCAGCCCGGUGUGCUUAAGGGCACCAGCGCCGACUACUACAGCCCCGACAUCCCAUCCGAGGCCUUUGGCAUGGUUGCACAGCCUGAGCCUCCUCUCGAGUCUCCCAUCCUGCUGUCCUCUUCUCGUGCCAGCUCUUUUCGCCACAACAUGAAGCAAAUGUUCCGCCGCAAGAGCGGCAGGGACGCAACGCUGGACUCUACCGUUUCUCAAGCAACCAUCACCGAGAGAUCGGCUAACGGAGCCAUUCCGCUGCAAACCAACAUCACCGCCGGUGACCGGGUUGAGUCUCCCGUCAGCUUCUCUGCUGUAUCUCUACCCCUCUCUCGCUCAUCUUCUUCUCGGCAGCGUGGCACCGGAGCCGAAGCCGAAGCUGAGCCAAGGCUGGGGCCUGUCAGCCCUCCUGUUAGCAAUGCAGCUGAGCCGGCUUCCCAACGGACAACUCCAGAGCCGCCUGACUUGUCAUCAUACCAGCGGUUCCAAAAGUCUCCCUCGCCUCCCGUCGCCGCUCCUGGAACCGUAAAUCCCAUGGACAUCAUGCCCGCUUCGACGGAAGCCGAAGUCUGGCACAGGACUGAGCACCAGCUCUAUGAGGCCUUCCACAAGCCGUCGCCAAGUGACCCCGCCAUUGACACGGCCAUGCCCUCUCCUUCUCCGACCCCCCCUGAAACACAGGCACAACCAACAUUUACAGUACAAACCCCUGGCUCGACAAACCGUACCGAGUUUAUUCCAGACUCCAUUAAUAACGGCAGCGCCAAUAUCAACAUCAACAACAGCAACAACAGUAGUACCAACAGCAGUAAUGACCAACAGCAGCUCGACACUGGCGAUGUGGUCAUGCUAGAUGCAGGAGCUGCUCUUCCUUCGACCCACGACCGUAUCUUGACGGCUCCGGACGGCCGGCAUCCAAGCUACCCCUCGGACCAGUCCACCCCACUCCCCGGGCCUGCCUUUACCGAUGUCUCAUCCCAGAACACGCCCUCGACUCAGCUGGACACUCCCUCUCCGCAAUCCGUGGGAAGCUCCGAUUUCCGACAUAGUGCGUCACCACAAUCGGGAGCCGGUAGUCACUCUCCCAGGACCGGUGUCUACCGAUGUGAAGAGCCCGGUUGUAACCAGACCUUUGACCAACCACACAAACUAAAACACCACCAGAGAUACCAUAGCAAAGACCACAAGUGCCCAUACCCAGGUUGUGGCAAGGGCUUCGGCACCAAGACUCAUCUGCAAAGACAUAUUAAUGACAGGCACGAGAAGAAGAAGAAAUUUCACUGCUCCGUCACCGGCUGUGACUAUUCCAGAGCAGGUGGCAAAGCAUUCCCCAGAAAAGACAACUGGAAGAGACACAUGAUGAAGAUUCACAAUAUCGAGCAGCAAUCACUUCCAGAACCUAUCGAAGUCGACAUGGAUGCAGACGGAUCAUGA